UCCGUUUCCUAUCUCAUACCAGUUGUGUUAUCGAGAGUGAAAUCCUCUUCUGGAAGAAUUCGCUUUUUCACCGCAAGCGACACUUGACAGGAACCGAGAUGAAAAUUCACGAGAUUCUUCCGCUUUGUAUCGUACUGUUUGCUUCAGGAUGUGUAUCAGCGUAUUGCCCUUGGGGAUGGAGGCAGCUCGACAGCUUUUGCUAUUAUGCAAGCAGCACAUCCAUGACUUGGCACCAGGCCCAACGAUUCUGUCGAAGACUGGGAGGAGACCUGGUAAAGAUUACCAAUGCGCGGGAAAACGAGUUUGUCCUAGCCGUCGCGAGGAAGUCUGCACCAACAAGGAAACAAGUGUGGAUCGGCCUGAUGUGGACCGCUAACGACUUUUACUGGAGUGAUUACUCUGUUCCAGUCUACAAAGCCUGGGCUCCAAAUGAACCGAAUGGAAAAUCCCGGGAACCAUGCAGCAACAUGUGGACUGGGUAUACUUCCGUUCUGCCAAUCAGAGCAAGCGGUUACUGGAAUGACAUGCCUUGUACGGUAUCAUCUCACGUGCCCUUUGGCCUGGUGUGCAAAAAGCUCGCUUGAACUGCUAACGCUGGAAUACCAAAAAUCGACGCUGGAGAUUUAGAGGCAAAAUUUGGUAAUGGGAUAUUUUAAAAAAAAAUCAUAAGAUAAAUUGUAAGGUGUAAAGAAAUGCUUGUUUUACAAUAAAGCGUUAGCUUAAGUCA